AUGUCGACAACUACAACUGAGACAAAGCCCAGCGGCGAGACUCUGAAGGUGUUCGAGGUGUGCUACCACCUAGCGAAUUCUUUGCAUGUCAAGUCCUACCCCGCCGUGAACGAAGGUGUCGAGACAUACAACUCGUACGAAAUUGGCCGCAAGUCCGCCAAUCUCGCCUCUGCCGGCUAUGAGAGAUUCGUGUCCCCAUUCAUCCCCUACGCCAAGGGUCCCUAUCAAUACGUAGCACCGAUCGUCUCCAAGGUCGACCACCUUGGCGACAAGGGACUAUCCAGGGUCGAUACCACCUUCCCCAUCAUAACAAAAGAUACAGAUACCAUCAAGGCCACUAUCCUUGACUUUGCCUAUUUUCCCUUCCGUGUCGUCGGCGACGGCAAGAACUACCUCUUCGACACCUACGGCAGUGAAUACAAGAAAUGUGGCGGUGAAUCCGCUCCCUACACAUCUUCCGGCAAGGCAGUCAUCACCACCGGCCUCGUGGUGACGCAAGAUGUGCUCAACUGGGCCAGCGAGCUCUUCGCAAAGAAGAAGGCGCAAGGCCAGACCUACGCGAACGAAAAGUACAAGCAGAGCUCGGACUAUGCGAAAACUCAGUACGAGUACGCCAACGGGAAGAAAGAUGAGGCUCUCAAUUAUGCCAGUGACAAGGCCGAGCAGGCGAGAAAUCUAGCAUAUGCUCAGAAAGAGGAGGCCGAGAAGAAAGCAAGUGAGGCCAAGAAGACGGCCGAGAAGAAGGCUAGUAAAUAA